AUGGAAUCCCCACAAAUGUACGACGCAGCCGCGGCCCCGCCGCCGCCGCCGCAGCCCGAUCUAAAAAAGGCGGCGGAGGAUAAAAGGACACCCUUCCCGCCUCCGGACCUAGACGAGCUCAAUGGACAGGAGAUCAGCUUGGAUUUGCAGCAUCUCAUCGAUGAUCAGUUCCGGGGGGAGGAGACGAUGGCUCUCUUCCAGGAGAUCCUCCCCGGGGGCCGGUCACCGCAGCAGAGGCCGUUCGCGCGGACGACCCUCGCGUACAUGCCCCAGCCCGUCCACUCCGGGGCUUCGUACGCGGCUCCCGUGCCUUCCAAUUCUCACGAUCAGGCGCCCCCGAUAAAAGAGGAGCCCCCGGAGCCGCACGAUUUCAGGAGAACAGUGACUUGCGCCCAAUACACGGGCCAGUACAACCCGCAGCCGCCAGUCGGAGUUAGCGGACCCUACGGAGGUGGCUUCACCCCGCUGCCUCCUCUGGGAGCUCCUCUGCUGCCCCCCCUGUUGAAACACAAACCGGCUCCGGCGAGACGAUCGUCCGGCAAGGUGAUAGACAAAGGCACAGACGAAUACAGGAGGAGGAGGGAACGCAACAACAUAGCGGUACGAAAAUCGCGCGAAAAGGCAAAAGUUCGUUCUAGGGAAGUAGAAGAAAAGGUAAAGACGUUACUUAGAGAGAAGGAAGCGCUGCUAAAGAGGCUGGAGGCGGUGACCGGGGAGCUAAGCCUGCACAAGCAGAUGUAUGUUCAUUUGAUAAACCUGAACCAUCCAGAAAUAACGGAGCUGUGCCGGUCCAUGUUGCAGCUCGGCGCCCCGCACGGCCAGGAUCACUCGCUCUGACCGUAGGUGAGUGGUCUAGACACGUGAUUUUUGUGAUAAAAGUUACCAUGAGUUCCAAAUAUAGUUUAUUUAUUACGUAAAUAGUUUUAAGAUAGAUGUAAAUAAGUUAAUAUUAACAGCCGUU